CCGCCCCGGAGCAGAGGCUGAGGCCCGGAAGCGCCUUGUCGUCGGGCCUGGCGAGACGGGAGUGGGCGCCGCACCCGGAGAGGACCGCCAUGGCCGAGACGGACCCCAAGACCGUGCAGGACCUGACCGCGGUGGUGCAGACUUUGCUGCAACAAAUGCAGGACAAGUUUCAAACCAUGUCUGACCAGAUAAUUGGCAGGAUUGAUGACAUGAGCUGUCGUAUCGACGACUUGGAGAAGAACAUCGCGGAUCUCAUGACGCAAGCAGGAGUGGAGGAGCUGGAAGGCGAAAGCAAGGCGGUUGCUACCAAGACUUCAAAUUGCCAGUAAUCUAUGAUGGGUGCAGGAAAGGAACAUUUGUUCAAGCCUACAGGAAUUUCAAGACUGCAGUUUUUGUUUUUUGUUUUAUUGGGUAUUUUUUUUUCAACUGCUAGCGUAUAAAAGCGUUUUUCUACAGCUGUAGAACUUGCAUUCUUAAUGUACCUUGUAUAGCUAGAUUUGGAACAAUUUCUAUUCUGAUUUCCUGUGCAGGGUGAGUUUCACACACUUUUUUUCAAAUUGUCGCAUUCUAUAAAGUUACUAAAACAGAGUUUGGUGGAGUUCAAGUCAAAAAUACUAAUGUUACGAAUGGCUAUUUGUGAAGUCGCUGUUUUUUAAACAAACAAACCUUUUCGUCAUGCCUUUUUGUAAUUCCUUUCACUAGGUGACUAAACACUGUUGUAGUUUCUAUCAGCCUGAACAACAAAAUCUGUCGUAUAUCCGCGAGGCGCUUCUGUGGAGUUGAGCACAAGAAUGAAAACGUGUUCUAAAAUCAGUCAUUGUACCGCUGUGUUACUCUGUUAGCAGUGGAUUUAGUACAGCAAGCAAUCUGCUCGAGGCAUUUAGAGUGUGUGUGCCAUAACUCUUCUUUUAGUUUUUUAUUAUCAAUCCAGGCACUUCAUGAUUUCAGCUAGUGAUUUUGGACAGAUGAUAUAUUAGAGCCAUAUUUCCCUAAAUUGCAGCCAACACUGCCCUGGAAAUAGGAUUUUGCAGUUGGGAGAUAUUCCGUAAGAGAUCUAGUUUAUUCCUAUUUAUGGCGAUUACUUGCUUGGGGCUCUCAGCACACACACACACCCUUAUUUUAAGGAUGUUGACUCUGGGUAGACAUAUUAUCAUCUGUUCUCUGGUUCCUGUACUGUUUAGUUUGCCUUUACAUCUUGGUAUUGGAAACUUCCUUUUUAAACAUUAUUUAGUAUUUGGGCUGCUAUUCUGCCCUAAGUGCUAGCUUAUAAAAUAGCUAGAUGAAUCCUAAGCCCUACAAAUAAGUCUCCCUGUCAGACUUAGCAGCUUUUGAUAAAGGUGACCCAAAUGUGUGAAACCCGCAUUUAGCUUGCAUUGACUUGUGAGUAUUGCGUUGAAGGGAAGCCUCUCAUGGGAACACAGCAGAAACUCUUCUUGGAUUCCCUUGCCAAAUUAGGCUGGCAUGGCAGAACAGGUGGUAGAUGGAGUGACCAUCACAAGUCCUAUGUGGGUCAGUGAUGGUCCUCCUGCUCUCACCCAGGUCUUAGCUGGUGAGAGGAUGAGAACUUCACCAGUUUCAGGAUCCUCUCCUUCCCAUCAACUCCGUGAUCCACCUUUCGGUGUCUCGUGCUCUCCAAGAAGGUUAUACCAGACAAUCUGAUACUCUUUGGUUGAGAGAGUUUGCUGUUGAUUCCUCUUAGAUCACGGCAGAACAACAACAACAAAAUCGUGGUCUUAAAAGGCUGAGCUGUUUUUGCCACUGGCAUGUGGAACUCCAGGUACUCGCAAUCCUGCUCCAGCAUAUUGUGGGGUGAAUAGCAAUUUCCUUGGAGCGCAUAAUGCGGAAUGCUGCCUUUGCUUAAGCCUUCUAACAGCACAGUAAGAUAGCUGUUUACUCGGGUUGUGUUUAGGAUUGUAAGUGUAUUCUGGAUUUCUGGGGAAAACACAGUGCACGGUGCGUUUUGUGGCAGCUCAUAAACUACACUAUGAUCAAGCACCCCAUAAAUGCUUCCCUCACCAUCAGUGAGUCAUGCCUCUAGAUAUUGAAAACGGUGUUACGAAAAGGGCAGCCCCAUAACUGAGACCGGGGCACUGCAGUCCUAAUCACAACUGGGAGUAAGCACUAUUGAACUCAACGGGAUUUACUUCUGAGACUAGAUAUGCAUCGGAUUGUGCUGUGAACACCCAAGUGGCCCUAUGACCAUGGCUGUUAGUGGGCUCAGCACGCCUGAUGUGAAUUAGGUGGGACCCCCCGCAUGUUGUGUAAUGGAGGAGGGGGAACUACAUAUACAACCAGCCCUUAAGAUCCCAGCAGUAAGCAUAUCAGCAGUCCGGUCCCCCACCGCAACACGUGGGGAUUCCUUUAGUCCAUUUGAUGAGGGUAGCCUUCUCCAAGCCAGGGGGGUUCUGGGAGUUGUAGUCCAACCUAGGAUGGGGAAAGCUAGCUUAGGAGCCAAACAUGCUUCUUCAUGGCUUAGAGCAGAAAGGGGAGGAAGACAUGGUUCUCUCGGAUUAUAUAAUAUGUCGGAAAUGUGAAUAGCCUGGGAUUUUAUAGAGGUGUGGCUUGUCUGAAAGAUGUGCAAGCUAACUUUAUUCCAACAACAACAGUUGAAAAGUAGCACUUGACCUGUUGGGGUUCUCUCAUAAAAUGUCAUGACCGGGAAGGGAUGUGGAUCCUUGUUUCUGAAACUGUCAAUGAAGUUGUGUUGAGAAGGCAAAGGGAGAUUGUAGGAAAUCAUUCUGUUACUCCCAGACUUAGACUUUCUGGUCCUGUUGUUCAAAUUGUCUAAUAAAAAUGCUGAAAUGGCUCUAAAAUGGA